AUGGCUCCCGCAAAGAAGGGCGGUGAGAAGAAGGGCCGGUCUGCCAUCAAUGAGGUGGUGGCCAGAGAAUACACUAUCAACAUUCACAAGUGCCUCCAUGAAGUGGGUUUUAAGAAGCAUGCCCGUAGGGCACUCAAAGAAAUCUGGAAAUUUUCCAUGAAGGAGAUGGGAACUCCAGAUGUGCACAUGGCCACCAGACUCAACAAAACCGUCUGGGCCAAAGGAAUAAGGAAUGUUGCAUACCGGAUCCAUGUGCGGUUGUCCAGAAAAUGUAAUGAAGACAAAGACUCGCCAAACAAGCUCUACAUGUUGGUUAUCUACGUGCCUGUCACCACCUUCAAAGAUCUACAGACAGUCAGUGUGGAUGAGAACUAA